UGAUGCACGCAUGCGCUGUGAGGCAUUGUGAGAAAAUGGCAGACGUCUCUUUGGAUGAAGUUAUACGACAGCGCGGUAUUAACCUCAAGGCACCAGCAAAACGACCCAUGUUUGGACGAGGUGCUGGAGGAGUUGGCAAGAGCUUUGACGCCCGCCAGAAGAUUGGAGCUAAUGAUGUCAGACAGCGGCUUGGAGGAGGAGCAGUUUUUCAAGUGAAAGAUGCCAGAGAAAAGCUGGGUCAGAAAGAUGCUCGCUUUAAAAUCCGUGGCAGGGGAGGAGGUGCAGGAGGAGGAGCAGGAGGAGUGCAGGAUGCCCGUCAGAUGAUCAACUCACGCAAACAGGGGCAGAAUCAGUUCAAUGUCCCUGCACAUAUAACGCAACAGGCGGCAGUAACACACCAUCUGCAGAGCCAGACACUUGUGCCUCAGAUACAGAUACACACCAACAACAAUCUUGCCAGUGUGAACACAAGGCAGUUUGGCCCGAAUGUUCAAGGAGGACUGAGUGUGAGGGGCAGCGUAACGCCACAGCUAAGCAAUAAUAAAAGAAUGAUGGAUGCUCGUGAUAGACUGAGCCUCAAGAGGAGCAUUGGAGGGACACAGGCAUCUGUUGCACCACCCCUAAAAAUAACUAAGACCAUCCAGCAACGCCCACUAGGAGCGGGGAUGUCGGCUGGAAUACGUCCAUCUUCGCAGCCUCUCUCAAAUGAGCCUGAUGGCCCCCACAAUAAACAAAUAAAGAUCACUACGGCUAAUAACAUGCUACAAUCACGGCCAGGUACAGUGGGCUCGGCAUUCUCCAUGUCAGCCCCAAUCACCAAGGUGGUUAAAAACGAUGCUUACACAGCCCCGCGUCCUCCUGUGCCUGUGGCUCCCACCCGCCCCAACACCAGCAUGGCUGCUACCCGGUCCUCAGCUGCAGCCCUACAACCAGUCUCCAGGACUCUCCAGCAAAGCCCAGCAGAAACCACCACAACAGCUCCUGCUCCCCCUCAGCCUACUUUUAGUCCUUUGGAGGGGACAAAAAUAACCGUAAACAACCUGCACCCCCGAGUCACCGAGGAAGACAUAGUUGAACUGUUCUGUGUGUGCGGGGCCUUGAAGCGAGCGCGGCUGGUGAAGGUGGGCGUGGCUGAAGUGGUGUUUGUGCGUAAAGAGGAUGCCGUGAGCGCAUACAGGAAGUACAACAAUCGCUGCCUGGACGGUCAACCCAUGAAGUGUAACCUUCAUAUUCAGGGAAAUGUCAUCACUUCUGAUCAGCCCAUUCUAUUGAGGCUCAGUGACACUCCAGGCAGCAGCACAAAGAAAGACGGUCUGCCGGCCUCUUUGACUCGUCCUUUCGGCCAGCGAGCCUCCUCUCAGCCUACUCCAGAGGUUGACCCUCAGACCAUCCUCAAAGCUCUGUUCAAGUCCACCGCACAGUCCACCUCCACCACUGAGCCCCCCAGCUCACAGGCCACUGCCUUUCGCAUCAAGAUAUAGCUCAUGUCUAGUGUGAAUAGACGUCUGUUCAAAUACAUAUUACUGCAUUCUCAGUGUUUCAUGUUGACAGCAGGCCGCCCACAUUCUCUCAAUAUGAAACCGAUUUUUACACGUUUGAUAUUCAUGACUUCUCUGAACGGGGAAUCGUGGACACGCAAAAUCGUUGUUUUGUGAUAUCCAUAUGUUACCCGUUUGUUUCUGGGAUGGACUAGUGGAAGAAAGUGUGAUGUGAUUUGUUGUUUUAAUCCAAUGUGGUGGGGUAUGCCAAAUCAAACUGGAUGUGUAGGGAUUUUUUUUUUUUUUUGAUUUAGUCAUUUGCGUACCAGCUCAUUUGAAUGUUUUUUUUUUUAUAUAUACAUAUAUAUUCCAGUUAAUCUCCACCCCACAUCUAAAAAAAAUGACUGUGCAGAAGAAAGACAACAAAAUCUAAUUGGCAGACACCGAGCAGCAUUGUCAU